AUGCAAAUUGCCUUCCCGGUGGCCGCUAUGAACAGCAGUAUUGCAAUGGCGCAGGCGGAGGAGUCGCCAAGUCAUCGCACAGCACCGCCCGCCGCCACCCGCCGUGCCCCGUCUGCUGCUCCCGUGGCGUCUCAUGCAAAUCACCUGUGCCUGUCAGUGUGGGUGUGCCUAUUUCGAUGGGUGAGUAGCGGCAGUUCCUGCGGUGGUGCCACGCCCAUGCGUUGCACUGGCAUGCUCAAAGACGUUGGUACUGCCGUCUGCCCAUCAUCGCAGCCUACACACACAUUUGUCAUCCCUCUCUCGCUUGUUCAUGCUCUCUCUAAGACCCAGCAGGCACCAACACGUGCAUCGCUUGCACCACGCAGGCGACCAGAUAAUCGGGCUGCCGCUGCUGCUGCUGCCACCGCUGCCGGCGCUGCUGCUGCUGGGUCGUGUGAUGUGUGGUGCCGGACUGUUUAA